AGCUAAUUUUGUCACGCUAGACUACAACCCUAGCCAAACACCACCACACUAAAUUAGGGUUUAACCCUAAACCUUCAACCAAACCACUUUCUUCAACUUCAUCAUCAACAAUGGGGAAGAAGAAAUCAAAAGAACCCAAACCUGAAAUCCCCAAUUCAUCACCUCAACCUUCAUCAGAUAACAUUUUCAAAUCCCUUUUCGGCAGCACCCAUCAAGAACCCAAUGACCCAUCCUCUGUUUCAAUCUUCUCAGAUUCCAACCCUUUCCGAACCAAACCCACCAAAGAUUCCCAGAAAGAUCCACAAAUCCUUCAACCAAACACCAUUAUCUCCCAAAAUAACGACACCCAGAUCCCCAAUUCUCCCAAUAACCCAUUGAACAAGAAGAAAAACGAGAAAUCACCCAAAAAAGUUGAUCAAGACACCAAGAAAUCAAAUAUCCCAAAUGGGGUUGUUUCAGAAAGUCCAAAGAGCUCAAAAAGUUUGAGUCUUGAUGAGGUGGAUGAGAAUAAGAAGAAGAAAAAGAAGAAGAAGGCUGAGGUUGAAGCAGAGUAUGAGGAAAGAAAGUAUGGAGGGGUGGAUUUGGAAUUAGAGAAAGAUAAGGUGGCAAAAGGGAAAAUUGGGGAGAAGAGGAAGGGGGUGGAUGUUUUGAAAGAGGGAUUUGAUGAUGAAGAGAAGCUUUCAAGAACUGUGUUUGUUGGGAAUCUGCCUUUGAAGGUGAAGAAGAAGGCAUUGUUGAAAGAGUUUAGUCAGUUUGGAGAGAUAGAAUCCGUUCGAAUUCGAUCUAUUCCUUUAUUAGAUGAUAAGACUCCAAGAAAGGGUGCUGUGAUCAAGAAGAAAAUCAAUGAUGCUGUUGACAGGGUUAAUGCAUACAUUGUUUUCAAGACCGAAGAUUCCGCCCAAGCUUCUUUAUCACAUAACAUGGCAGUUGUGGGUGGAAAUCAUAUUCAUGUAGACAGAGCUUGUCCGCCACGUAAGAAACUUAAGGGAGAAAAUGCUCCUCUCUAUGACAGCAAAAGGACUGUUUUUAUUGGUAACCUCCCAUUCGACGUCAAGGAUGAAGAACUUUAUCAGCUGUUUACUGGUUUUAACAAUCUGAAAGACUGCAUAGAGGCGAUUCGAGUGGUGAGAGAUCCUGGUACAAGCAUGGGAAAGGGCAUUGCUUAUGUCUUGUUUUCAACACGGGAAGCUGCAAAUACGGUUGUUAGAAAACAUAAACUGAAGAUCCGAGACAGGGAGCUGAGGUUAUCUCAUGCCUUGAAAGCAAGCGCAUCAACACCAUCAAAAAACAAGGAAUCAUCAUCCACAAACAGUUACAGUUCUGCUAAGAAGGCGGCUGUGGGCGGAAACGCCUCAUACCAGGGAAUACGGGCCACCAAAUCCGGUGGCCAGAAGAAGUUUGCGACCAGAAUAACUAAACCUGGCAGGAGUGAAUCAAGAAGUGAAACUGUGGUGAAGCGAAAAGUACGUUCGGAAAAGAGGCCAGCGGUUGCUGCUAGAAAGGCGGCAGCAGUUGCAUCUAAAACUGGCGGUGAUAGCGGCGCCGGAGGUGUGAAACGCAAGGCUAAACCAGAGAGUAAUAACCGGAAUAAGAAACCUAGGAAAUUCAGAUAGGUGUGUUGUGUUGGUAUGUUAUAGUCAACAAAUUUUGUAUACACUUUGUUUGGAUUGGUUUAUUGCUCAUUUCAAGAUUAGAUUUCAUACAAUGGUGGAGUUUUUUUUAAUCAUGGUUUGAUCUGGCUCA